AUGGCCUCCAACGACAAACCCAACGUCGCAUACGAUCCUUUGCCGCUCACCGGCGACGACCAACCAACAACCUCCCUUUACAAUGCCCCUCCCUCCCCCGAUCCCCGUCUCUCUAGCUUCCACACCCCCCAGAUGAACCCGACCGAACUUGGUGCAGACCCCUCAAUACCAGUGGGCGCAGCGCAGCCUCGCUUCCUUGGAUCCACCGCGCUUUACGACGGCCCCGCUAUGCGCGAGUCGUUUGCGUCCUCCCAACAUACAAUCCCUAACUCCGAAUACACAUCGUCUGUAUACGCCCUGAACGAUCCUUCCGCCCCAGGACGUUUCGAGGGGAGCUACCGCGAUGAUCCGCGUGGUAGUUAUUAUACUGGCGAUCAGAAUGUUCCUAUGUCGCCAGUGGGUGCUGCCGGUGGGAGGACGCUCGAGGAGAAGCGAACUGCAUAUGCCCCCCCCAGAGCCAAGUCCAGGCGCAAGAUCAUGAUUCUGGCUGUCGUCGCCGCCUUAAUUCUCCUCCUCCUCGCCGUUGUCAUUCCUGUCUACUUCUUUGUUGUGCGGCCUAACAACAACGAGUCCUCCAACGCUUCUACUUCAAGCGACUCAUCAGCGUCCAAGUCAAACCACGCGACCGCCACGUCUUCCGCUUCUACACCCUCGGCUACCCCAGUAACUGGCCGCGAUGGCUCAGAAAUCACAAUGGAAGACGGCACCAAGUUUACCUAUCGCAAUUCAUUUGGGGGUUACUGGUAUUACGACGAAAACGAUCCUUUCAACAACGGCGCUAGAGCUCAGGCUUGGUCCCCUGCUCUCAAUGAGACCUUCCGCUAUGGCACUGAUAAGAUGAGAGGCGUCAAUCUUGGAGGAUGGUUGAAUACAGAGCCUUUCAUUUCGCCGGCGUUGUAUGAGAAAUAUCUCAACAACCCCACACCUGCCGUUGAUGAGUGGACCUUGAGUGAGGCCAUGCGUGCCGACACUGCUGGGGGAGGUAUCAAUCAACUAGAGGAUCACUAUAAGACUUUCAUUACUGAAAAAGAUUUCGCGGAAAUCGCCGGCGCUGGUCUCAACUUCAUUCGUAUUCCCAUUGGAUUCUGGAUCAUUGAAGUUCGUGACGAAGAGCCUUUCUUACCCAAAGUGUCGUGGACGUAUUUCUUGAAGGCGAUCAAAUGGGCUCGCAAGUAUGGUUUGCGUAUUAACCUUGAUCUCCAUGCUCUGCCCGGCAGUCAAAACGGAUGGAAUCAUUCCGGGCGUCUUGGUACCACAGGCUUCCUCAAUGGGCCCAUGGGUUACGCCAACGCUCAGCGCUCGCUUGACUACAUUCGCAUUCUUGCGGAGUUCAUUUCUCAGCCUCAGUACAAGGAUGUCGUCACGAUCUUUGGCAUCAUCAAUGAGCCUCAAGGAUCAGUGAUGGGCCAAGACGCACUUGCUCGAUUCUAUCUUGAGGCCUACAACAUUAUUCGCACAGCUGGCGGUACAGGAGAAGGCAAUGGCCCCUAUGUCUCCAUCCACGACGGAUUCUUCCCCCGAACCGACUGGACCAACACCUUCCCCAAUGCUGACCGCAUCACCCUCGACUCCCAUCCUUACCUCUGCUUCAAUGGCCAAUCGUCUGCCCCUAUCUCUACCUAUGCGACAACACCAUGCACGUCCUGGGGCGGGGCUGUGAACAACUCGAUGGCAUCCUUCGGCUUGACAAACGCUGGUGAAUUUAGCAAUGCCGUCACUGACUGUGGUCUCUUCUUGAAUGGAGUCAACCUCGGCACCCGUUACGAAGGAACAUAUAUCGGAGUUUGGCCUCGUAUGGGAAGCUGCAGCACCUGGACUGAUUGGCAAAACUAUGACGCAGCUACGAAGCGUGCCAUUCGCCAGUUCGCCCUCGCCAGCAUGGACGCCCUUCAGGACUAUUUCUUCUGGACCUGGAAGAUUGGCAACUCAAGCCGCACCGGCAAGGUUGAGACACCUGCUUGGUCGUAUCAGCUCGGACUUGAGAAUGGCUGGAUGCCGACAGACCCAAGAGAUGCUACGGGUGCUUGUGGAAACUCGAACCCUUGGAGCCCACCUCUUCGAGCUUGGCAGACGGGCGGUGCGGGUGCUGGCAUCCCAGCGUCUGUGUCGUCGAACUUGGCGUGGCCUCCAGCAACUAUUAGUAUGGGUGGCGCCGUCACCACAUUGCCCACCUACACCCCAACUGGUCCGAUACCCACACUUCCCGUACCAACAUUCCCCUCAUCUGUAACUGUCAACGCCGGCUCUGGCUGGGCGAACGCCGCUGAUUCCCAAGGCGUUUUCGUCCCUAUUCCCACUUGCACGUAUCUUGACCCAUGGGUAGACCCUUCAACAGCUCCUCCCCCUGUCUGUGCCGCUGGUACACGACGAGAAGCUAUCCCCGACCCCUUGUUUACACCAGCCCCUCAAGCAUGA